AUGGAUGUGAACAGUCGAACCAAUUUCACUUGUCGCAUGAUGGAUGAUCAUCCUGUGGCCAAGUUCAGUAUCACCUUUGAGGUGAUAUUCACGUUCACUGUACCGUUUUUUGUCGUCCUCGUUCUCAACUGUCUCAUUGGUUGGGCUCUUUGGAAGUUGAAACACGAAAGAAAACGCCUAUUGCCGGCUGAUCGAGUACGAGAUCAGUUGGAAAUGGGUCGUGUCACAGGACAUUUGGCUCUGAGUACGGUAUUCCUCCUGCUCUACAUGCCCAUGAUCUGUUUGGUGUUGAUUCGGCUGCAUCUCACGCUGAUUCAACUGGACCGUCAUAGCUUGUAUGCGGUCCGGAUAAUCGAUCUGUCCCGAUUGUUUUCCUCAAUGAAAGACAUCACGUACGCAGUGAAUUUUCCGCUGUAUAUGGUCUUUCUGAACAAUUUUCGACGUCGAUUUAUGCACACAUUUUGUUGCUGUUGUCCACAGCCGCGUGUACUCCGCCAAACUACACGAUUGGGCUCUCAAAUGCCGAUGAAAACUGCGAAUCAAGCAAAGGGUCGUGACAGCAUGUGA